AGGACUUUAUUUAACAUGAAGCUGAAGCCUCCCAGAUCUAGGGAGCGAAGAUUAAGGUCCCCACAGCUGGGUGUUCAUCUCGGUGGGGCCACACUGACCAUGCUCAGGAGCUUCUGUCUCCAGCUCAUGUCCUUGAUUUGGAUCCUCUUGGCCCAUCACCAGCUUGUGCAAGGGGAUGACUGCAGUGAGCGCUGUAAUCUUGCCCACGGCUGCUGUGACCAGGAUGGGAAGUGCAGGUGCGAUCCAGGCUGGGAGGGGGAGUACUGCGAGGAGUGCGUGCGUAUGCCGGGAUGUCUUCACGGGACGUGCCACCAGCCUUGGCAGUGCAUCUGUCACACCGGCUGGGCUGGCAAGUUCUGUGACAAAGACAUACACAUCUGCGAACACCAGUCCCCAUGCCAGAAUGGGGCACAGUGUAUCUACGAUCGAGAUGGGGAGUAUUCCUGCUUAUGUCCAGAAGGUUUCCACGGGAAGGACUGUGAGAUGAAGACAGGGCCAUGCGAGAAGGCAGGGUCUCCAUGCAAAAAUGGUGGGCAAUGUCAAGAUGAAAAUGGCUUUGCCAGUAACUUCACCUGCCGGUGCCUCGCUGGCUUUGUGGGGGCUCUCUGUGAGCAUGAUGUGGACGACUGCCUGAUGCGCCCCUGUGCCAAUGGGGCCACCUGCCGCGACGGCGUUAACCGCUUCUCCUGCCAGUGCCAGGUGGGCUUUGAAGGGCGUUUCUGCACCAUCAACAUCAAUGACUGCGCCAGCCAGCCGUGCAAAAAUGGGGCAAAGUGCUAUGAUCGCAUCAAUGACUAUGACUGCUUGUGUCCUGACCGUUUCUCUGGCAAAACCUGCGAGAUCUCCGUCCCUGAACCCACCUGGUCUCCUCCCUACGAGAAUGCCGGGGCUGUGAAAAGCACCACUAGUGAGAUGCCGGGGGUGACACAGCCGGAGCCUGUCAGGACCGUGGUCACGGGGCGGCGUGUGGCCAACCACAGUGAGAAAGAGCCGGGGGGAGGGUUGUUGAAAAUCUCUGUGAAGGAGGUGGUGACCCAAAGGGACUCAGGGCUGAGCGAAGCCCAGCUGGUGACAGUGCUGGUGUUCGGGGUGCUGACAGCAGUGCUGGUCCUCAUCACUGUCCUGCUAAUGCUGAGGAACUGGCAGAGAGGCCGUCAAAGGUCGAACUGGUGCCAAAGCCCUUCUCAGGCUGCAAGAAAGCUCCAAGACCAGGAGUGUCAGGUGGGCAUGCUCAACACCAUCUUGAUUGAGCCAAGGAAGACCACAGAGCUGUGAGCUGCGAGGACUCUGAACCAGGCCACGGCAGGUCAUCAUGCUGGCAAACCCUUGGAACUGCACCCUGCGGAGCCACACCGGCACCGACUGGGCAGCAGGGAAGGGCUCCCAGGGCAACAAACAUGUCACCAAAACCCUGGGUGUUGAGCAUUGGUGUGAUGGCCCUGCCUGGGUCUGAGCUGUCUCCUGUUUGGCUGGCUCAGCUGGCACCCACGGGCAUCUGAAAGCAGGGCUGUGUUGGGCCAGCCCCGCAGGGGAGCAAUGGCGUGCUGCUUGCAGCAGCCCGUGCCAUGCAAGCAUCGGUGUCAUCUGACACAAGUGCUCAGAAACAGGACAGGUCGUGCUGAGGAGGGCACAGCCCUCUUGCAAGCCCAAAUACUGCCAGGCCCUUUGUAACUCCUCUCUGUGACUACGGGAAGGGGCUUUAUCCUCAUUUCUGCUGGUGUUGGGAUGCUUCUUCUGGGGCCUUUGGGACAGUUGUGGCUGCAUGGGUCUCCCUGCCGCAGUACUGUAUGGGGUAGUUCCUAGCUGUUUCUGGAAGCUGUCAUUUCAGAUGCCAUGUCCCUAGGGAGUGAGCAAACACCCUUGUUCCCUGGCCUUGUGGUUCUGUGAGCCAGUUCAAAGAGACUUUGAAAAUCA